AGAAUCAAUAGAGCUAUGAUGGAAUAGCUUUCAUCUGCCUGGAGAGUGAGCUCUAACACUCCUGAAGCUUACUAUAAGGCAGUCAGCUUUAUUGAAGUCACAUCCAUUAUGUUAACGAUUUGCUCCUUCCACUACUGUGACGCUAAAGGUGACAGUACGUGCAGUAUACACACGACAGCAAUUUGCGAAAAGCUUAUCUUAUUCCAAUCCUGUAACCAUGAUCAUCAGUAAGGAUAAGGGCAGCAGGCUUUAAGGAAAACCACCAUCAUGAGUUCAACUCCAAGUCACACUUCAUUCUGACCUGGGAAUCAGCCAUUGUUCCUUCUUUGUCGCUGGAUUUGAAUCCUGGAAUAUUCUGUACAGCAGCAAUAUGUGAGUAUCCUCAUCUCAAGAACCAUGAUUCAAAAGGGCAGCUUACCUCCCCCAUUUCAAGGGCAAUUAUAAAUGAAAACUAAAUGCAUUACUAGUGAUGCUAAAAAAUAGGGAUGAACUGAAUCAGAUACCUGGAACUUAAAUUCCUUAAUUCCAUUAUUGUCUUUUUCCAAAUAACUGGCCUUUCAAACUGAAUUUCAAUGUAAUCUAUUGUAGGCAUUUGCUUCUGUGGGACAAUUUGAAUAGCAUCUGAGAAACCUAACAAAACACGAAGGAACAUUCAGUCGUCCUUCGUCUUUCACUAUAUGUUUGUUUCUAUUUUGAUCACCACUUAUUUGAAGGGUCACUGUUUCUCCUUUGUAAGCCUACCACAAAGCUGAAUAACCACCUAACUUUGUCCUCAGAGUGCUAAAACUAAGAUUGAAAUAGAGCAUGGAAGUGAAAUUUCUCCUGAUGUACAGAAACAGUGCACUCAGUGAAACUGUAAACAGUACGACAAGACAACAAUGGGACUGACUUCACAACAGAGGCGGUCGCCAAGUAAGGAACCCAAAAGAACUCAAAAAGAAAUUUGGUCCAACUCCCAAUGCACACAGAGAAAGAGAAAAACAAACCAUGCAAACAGGAGAAGAGAGCAACGACGACGAUGUUUCAAACCAAACUGAGUUCUCAGAUCAAAUUCCCAGAGCAGCCUGGAGAAGGCCCAAAGCCUUGGUAUUCAGUUCAUCAUAUUAGUGGAGCAAAUCACUGCAAAGUUUGCCUACACGAAGCACAGCAGCCAGGGUAGCCUUACAUCCUCAGCAUCAUGGAGACAGGAGCCCCCAGACUAUCUGGGCCAGCAUUUAAAAUGUCUGAACAGUGGAUAGCACUUCGUACUAGGACCUGGGUCCCACUGCAGUGAAUUGCUCUGAGCCUAGAUUUCACAGUCAAAGAAGCUCCUCUCAAUCUCUCCAAAUUAGCUUGGCGCCCAGAGCAAUCCAACCUUGCCCAACUCUUGACACCCUGCCCUUCCAGGCUAUAUGAGUGGGUGUUUAGAUUGUCCGAACAUCGGAUUGUACCUCUGUGGUGAACUAUGUGCCUGUCUGGACACGCCCCCUGCUGAAUGCUCCUGUGGCUCCUCCCACAGGCCCCUGUAUAAAGGCGAUCUGAGGCCUGACGCUCGGCCUCAGUCUCCAGGACAUAGUAUGAUGGACACUCACUCCUGGUUCCUUCUUCCAGUCAAUAAAAGCCGAUAUCUCGCCUUACGUCUCAGUGUGAGUUAUUGAUGGUGCAUCAAUUUUAUUGACUGGAAGUUUUAAAAUAUGGAAACCGUUUUGCAUCCGGACCGGUUGGAUUUGGACCCUCAAGACCCUGACGCAGCUCUCGUUUUUGAACACUGGCUUGCAUGCUUCCAAUCGUACUUGGAGGAGGUUCGUGCAACUGAACCCGCCGUUAUGCACAGAAUUCUACUCUCGAGGGUCACCCCCAAAGUUUACUCCAUUAUCCGGGACCUGCCGACCUACGAUGGGGCACUGGACGCCCUCAAAAGACAGUACCUGCGGCCGGUGAACACUGUCUACGCAAGACAUCGUUUAGCUACCUGGCAACAGCGGCCUGGCGAAUCGUGCGCUGAGUUUCUCCGAGCACUACAGACACUCGUCCAAGCUUGCGACUGCAAGACGCUCACGGCAGAACAGCAUGCGGAGCUGCUGGUGCGAGACGCUUUUGUGACGGGACUGAGGUCAAUGUACAUGCGCCAGCGGCUGCUGGAAAAUGCCGACCUUACCUUAAGCUCGGCGAUGGAGACGGCCAAUGUUCUGGAAGCUGCGCUGCACUACGCCGACGCUGUCCAGUCGCGCGAUUCCCCGCCGGUUCCGUGGACUCCUCAGACCCCGCCACCACCAGCUCCCAGGAGCGAAAUCGCCAACGCCGCUGCCAGUCGCGAUUCCACGAGCUCCCUGAACCCGACCACAGCGGCAGCCCGUCGGAAGCCUGUGCUUUGUUCUUUCUGUGGCCAUAAAAAACACCCUCGACAACGCUGUCCAGCGCGAGAAGCAACCUGCUCCAGCUGCAGAAAGCGGGGCCAUUUCGCCAAGGUCUGUAAGUCUCAACCUUGAGCGGAGUGCAGCGCUGCGGGUGAAACGUGGGGGCCGCCAUCUUGCAUGCCCGGAUGUGGGCAGCCAUCUUUGUCGGCGUCAGCACGCCCCGCCCCCGACCCUCGGAUGCUUACCGGGUACCCCGGAUGUGAGCGGCCAUCUUUGUCGACGUCAGCAUGCCCCGCCCCCGGCCCUCCGAUGCUUACCGGGUACCCCGACAGCGUUUCAACUCUGGCCACUGUAACCCUCGACCAAAGCGCCCCACACCAGCUCGCAAGGUCCAUGAUGGACAUCCGGGUGGAGGGGCACAGGACUAGAUGCCUGUUUGACACGGGCAGCACUGGGAGUUUUAUUCACCCGGACACUGUGCAACGCUGCGGACUUGCAACGCGGCCAGUAAGUCGGAGGUUCCAUUUAGCUUCUGGGUCGCAGUCCGCAGACAUCUGGGCGGGUUGUGUAGCGACUUUGGUGGUGCAAGGCACAGAAUAUCGGAACUUUGAGCUCCUGGUCAUGCCUAAUCUGUGCGCACCUGUGCUAUUGGGGCUGGACUUCCAGAGCCAUCUCGAAAGUGUGACUAUGGUGUAUGACGGGCCCCUCCCACCACUCACUGUCUGGAAUCCUCAGUUUUGUGGGACUUCUUCACAUACCCCGCUACUGACCACACACACACACGGGCACGCACAUCCCAUCCAGAAC